AUGAUAUCUACCCUAGCUUCCUCCAUGAUCAGUCUAGACCCACCUAUUAAAUAGGGGCAGACACGUUACCACUUUCUCAUCCUGCUCUUCUCCAAGGAGGAGGACCUCAGCCUCUCCCUCAACAUGACAGAGGAGGAAGUGGAGAAGCGUUAUGAGGGGAAGCUCAGUAAGAACAUGUCAGAUUCCCUCUAUGAGAUGGUCAGCAGGGUGAUGAAGGCUCUGGUCAACAGGAAGAUCACCGUGCCAGGAAACUUCCUGGGGUAAACACUCUCACGCACACAUGCCCAGUGUAUAACGUGUUCCUACAAAGCGUGGUCAGGCCUGCUCUACCCUCUGUAGAGGGGUUUCGUCCACAUACACAAGCCCCCCCCCGUGCACCUGCGCUUCCCAGGAGGUGCUGUAUGCCUUGUUAACUUCGCCAGAGGCACCACUACCACCACCACGCGCUCCCUCGACUUUGAGAUCGAAAACCAAGCUGGGCACCCAGUUCACCCUUCAGCAGCAUCGAGAGAGGAGUAUGGGAAGCUUUUUGACUUUGUGACCGCCGAGAAGCUCAGCAUCAAGAACAGAGGGUUCAAAGAGAAAAAGGGUAUGAAGGGUAAAGAUGACAUGUUGGAGGACUCAGACGAGGACCAGCACGAUGCCUACCUGGAGAGGAUGAAAGAGGAGGGCAAGAUCAGAGAGGAGGCCAAUGACAGUGAUGACUCCGAUGGAGAGAGCGAUGAGUCUUUUAACCCUGGAGAGGAGGAUGAUGACAUAACGGAAGAGUAUGACAGUAAGGCGUCAGCCAGUGACAGCAGUGCAGAGGGGGGAGACAGUGACAGAGAGAAGAAGAAGAGACCAGCCAAGAAGGCCAAACUGGUGAAGGAGAGGAAACCACGCAAGAAGAAGCCGAAGGACAGUGGCGCCCCCAAGAGGCCGAUGAGCGCCUAUUUCCUGUGGCUGAACGCCACUCGCGAUAGCAUCAAAGCAGAGCACUCUGGGAUAUCAUCACAGAGAUCUCCAAGAGGGCUGGGGAGAUGUGGAGCAGAAAGAGUCUGUCUGUCCGUCCGUCUGUCCGUCCGUCUGUCUGUCUGUCUGUCAGGAGUGGAAUGGGAAAGUGGAGGAGGCGAAGAAGGACUAUGAGGGAGUACAGGGAGAGUGGAAGAGGAUCCUCUGCCCCCUCCAAAAAAGUGAAGAAAAAGAAGGAAGGGAAGAGUGAUGAGAAGAAUAAGAAGGGGGAAGUCUGGUGGAGGGAGAGAGAGAGGGAGACAGGAAAUUACAGCUUUAAGAGCAGGGAGUUUAUCUCCAGCGAAGAGAGCUCCUCAGAGUCCAGGCAGUGGCACGGGCAAACGCAAGGGUUCAGAUGAACAAGAGGAGGAGGUGGCCUCGACCCCACCCAGUUCUGACUCAGGAUCAGACUGAGGCGUGUCUGAGAGGAGAGAGAGAGAAAGAGAGGGAAGGACAUGGAGAGGGAAAAGAGGGAAAAGUGUGGAGAGGGGUUGUGAACUCUCUACCGCCCUCUGUUCCUCUCUCACGCUAAUUAUAUUACAUUUUAAAGUACAUGAAGCAAGUAUGAAGAUAAAUACCGACGUAUUCAAAAAUAUUCUGUCCAGGAAUUGUAAAACUAUCCCUCUUAUCUUAGGAAGCAAAAUACCGUAUUUAAUUAUUUUAGCCCAGUGCAAAAAUCCCAUAACCUGACCAGUGAUGACUAUAUUUCCCAGCUACACGUGCAUGACAUUGUCUGUCGGUUUAGGCUGUGAACAACUCAGGUAAAACCCCUUGCCUACUGUGAAAUGUAGUUUUCCAGAAUAUUACUAAAUGAAAUAUUAUAAGUAAAUGCUCUUUUUCAUGUCUUGAG